AUGGCUGUGGCGAUGCAGAGGGGGUGUAUUGGCAGUGCAGUUAUAGCCGAGCGUUUCCGGCACCAGUCUGAUGCUGGCAGGCCUCCCCGUGGAGCCAGGCGCGUGAAAGAAAUGCGACUAUGGGACGGCAUGGUUUGGGGCAGAGGGGUUAAGCAGGCAAAGUGCACAGUCGAGCCAAGGGAGCUCUGUGGAACCUUUCCCGCGACCAAAGGCUGCCUCUCAUCGACCAUGCUUCCACUACGAUCAGGACCAAGUAACGCAGAGUUAUCUAUCGCACACCGCUUGUGGACCAAAACCCAGUUUGCUAGGGUGGUCUGCUUUUCCAUGAGCGGUGGGGCUACAGCAUAUUUGCUGUAUUUAAUAACGCCCGCUAAUACCGGGGAUAACCGCAACGCAAAUGCACUCAGUGACCGAGGUAAAAAGCUAGCACUAACACAGCACUACUGA